CUACGUAGAGGGGGACCUGGGGCCGCUUAGUGUUGGUCGCAACCCAGGCCUGUCGCCGACCGCGAGUUCAGCGGUGGUCAGCACGAGCGUCAACAACGAAACCUGUCGACGGGAUUCUGCCCGCCACGAAUCACCAUGGACUCCCCGUGGUCAAGGAUCCUUAACGCCAUUGGCGCUGUUCUGCUGAUUUUCGCUUUCGCGAGGUUCCUCUCCUUCGUCACCAGCCUAUGGCGGAACCGGAGCAUAAUAAAAAAAUACGAGAAGAUGGGAAAGCCCAUGCUCCCGCACAGCGCCCUCCUCGGUCAUCUCCUCGAAGCUAAGACUGCCAGCGAGGAGCUUCCGCCAGGUGCCCACAGCGUCUACAUCCUCGACCGGCUAUGCAGGAAGCUGGGCCGCGCACCGGCUUACUAUUUUGAUAGCUCCCCGAUGAGCAUCCCCAUGCUCAUCGUCACCGACCCUUACAUCGCCAACCAGGUUACUAACCAUGCCGUCGUGUCCGCCGAGAAGCCCGAGAGCCUUAGUUCGUGGUUCGCGCCCAUCUCCGGGAACCGGGGCGUCAACCUGUUCACCCAGAACGGCCCGGAGUGGAAACGCGACCAUGAUCUGUUCUUGCCUUUUUUCAACAAUAGCAACCUGGACUCCACCAUGCCCGUCGUCGUCGACCAGAUGCUCGUCUUCCGCGAUCUGCUUCGAAAGGGAGCCGCUACCGGAGAACUACUUCGCAUGGGGCCGUUGACACUGUCGCUCAUGAACGAUAUCACCGGGAAUGUCAUCUUUAAUGAGGAGCUUGGCAACCAGACGGCGGGCACUCACCCGCUUUCAGAGAAGAUGCUGCGCCAGCUCGCGUUGAAGUUCGGCGUACAAAACGUAAAGGACAACUUGGGCCAGCUCAACCCGUUUAGAGUCUUCAGCAUGUGGAACAACAGCCGUGUCUUGGACCGGCAGAUUCGGGCGCAGAUCGCGAAGAGAUUGUCAGCCUUCCGCGGUGCCCGGUCGCGGGGCGAGCAGCUAGCCUAUAACUCCGUCCUCGACCAAGCGCUUGAGAGCUACUACUCCGAGCCGGGCCGGAAGCUCUCUGACCCGCUCGACACCAAAUUCUUGGAGACGCUCUGCGCGCAGCUGCGUCUGUUCUUCUUCGCCGGCUACGACUCCACCUCGAGCACCAUGACCUCCAGCUGUUACUUGAUCUGGCGACAUCCUGAGGUCCUGGCUAAGCUGCGCGCCGAGCACGACCAGGUAUUCGGGAAGAACGUCGCCGCGUGCCCGGACCUGAUCUGCGAGAAUCCCUCUAUCCUCAAUUCCCUCCCGUACACCUUGGCCGUCAUCAAGGAGACGAUGCGGCUAUUUCCGCCCGCGAAUGGUAUCCGCACGGGAUCCAAGGACCUCGUGCUGAAGGGCCGCGAUGGAACGGAGUACCCAACCGAGGGCAUCUCGGUGCAGAUGAAUCACAUCACCCUGCACCGGAAUCCAGACUACUGGCCGCGACCGCUCGAGUUCCUGCCGGAGCGUUUCCUCGCAGGGCCCGGCGACGAGCUAUACCCAGCCAAGGGCGCGUGGCGGCCGUUCGAGUACGGCGUGCGCAACUGCACCGGCCAGGCGUUCGUGCUAAAAGAGCUCAAGGCGUUCCUCGCCAUCGUAUGCCGCGAGUUCGACUUCCAGGAGUGCUACGACGAGGUCUUCGCCGGCCAGAACGUCGACCUGACCAACGUCGACCAUGAGAAGGCCUACCUGAUUGAGAGUGGCUCGGCGCACCCCCGCGACGGGUUCCCGUGUAGGGUCUCGGUGAGCGCAUCGCCAAUGUCAGCAUAAAAUGUGCCAUCCGUGAACUAUCCUGCAUUGAAGAUAGU